GCCGGUUACGCAUUGUGUAGAACACAUUUUGUAUGCUUUGGUAGCUCAGAACGGAGUGCCGCAACGUCCACCAGGCCCCAAUAAUAACCGUUUAUAAAGUGAAUCCGACCGACGGCCGGGUUCCAGUCUGCCAAAAGUAUACGUGGUGCGUGUACAUAAAAUUAAUAUAAGAAUAAAAUAGUUGCAAAAAACAAAAAAAACAGAAGAAACCGAUUUGUUCGUGUGGCGUACACGGCCCAACAGAGAGAAGGAUUUACACGUCGAACUACCUUCGAAUUAACGCGUGAAUCCCAGUACGUGUACAUAGGAUAUAUUUAAUUCGGAUAAGACACCCACUGGUUUUAUUACGAGAUGGGCGUACAACUGAGAUCAAAGGGCGAAGAGUCUGUCGCCGAACCGUUGAUCGAAAACAACAACAAGGAAGAAGACUUGUUGGAGGAACCUCUGAAACCGCAGGGAACGCCGCAAAAGCGAGAAAUCAUUUGGUCCACCGCCAUAUACUUGACCACUUUCCACGUGCUAGCCGCAAUAUGUACGGUUCUCUACUUGAGAAAUGUGAAGUUGGCGACAAUUGUGUGGGGUCUUCUAGUCGGAUUUAUUGGACAAUUUGGUGUGACUGCUGGUGUACAUAGGUACUACACUCACAAAGCGUACAAAGCAAAGUUACCAAUGCAAGUCCUACUCUUAGCUUGCUACUCUGUUGCAGGACAGUAUAGAGUUUGGGAUUGGGUUCAUGAUCACAGGUUGCACCACAAGUUCAGUGACACUGACGGGGAUCCGCACAACGCCAGUCGUGGCCUGUUUUUCUCACAUAUCGGAUGGCUUAUGCAACGUGGUCACCCCGAAGUUCAACGUCGUAGCAAGACUAUUGACAUGUCUGACGUCGAAAGUGAUCCUUUAGUUUGUUUCCACAACAAAUACUAUUGGGUUUUCAAGAUACUCAUGUGUUUUGUGAUGCCAAUUGUUGUACCAAUUGUUUUCUGGAACGAAAGCUUGAUGGAAGCGAUUGGUAUUAGUGGCGUUUUACGAUUUGUGAUCUUUACCAACAUGACUUUCUCUAUCAACAGCUUUGCUCACUUUUGGGGAACUAAACCAUAUGACAAGCGUAUCAGACCUGUGCAAAAUAUGGCUUUGGCAAUUUUGACCACCGGAGAAGGAUGGCACAACUAUCAUCAUGCAUUCCCAUGGGAUUACAGGGCUGAAGAAUAUGGCGGCAACAUGACCAAUCCUACAACAUUGAUUUUGGAUAUGUUCGCCAAGAUCGGUUGGGUGUAUGACCGCAAAACACCAUCAACGGACCUUGUCAGAAAAGUAGCUCAUACACACGGCGAUGGAAGUUGGCCGGAAGUUUCGGAGACGCAAGCUAAAUGCAAAUAGAUCAAUAUCACCUAAAAUGCAAUUCUUUUCUAAUUUAUAAGACUUCAUACAUUUUUUAAAUGCCUUCGUAGAAUGUUAUUUAAUAUCUAAUGAUUAUGAAGACUACUAUAGAAAACAUUUUUUGUACAACUGUAAAAUGAUAAGAAUCUUAAAUGGCAUUCAGUAUUUUGAUAGCUUGGCGUUAAUUUAAAUUUUGGUUUAAUUUAA